CAAACUCCUCAUCACCUAUGCUCCUUAUUCCCCCUCCUCCUUAAGUACACCCCCUCUCUUUAUCCUCUCUUCUCUCCUCUGGUCCCCCUCCUCCCUCUCUCAGUAGCAGCCAGUGGUAUGCUCCACUCGUCUUCGCCUCUCUCUCUCUCCACUGUCAGCCUCAGCAGUCUCUACACCGGAGCUAGACACUGGUGCAGCGUCGAUCCGUACGUACAUGCACGUGUGUGUGUGUGGGUUUCGUGGGUUUCGUGGGUACCGGGUUCUUGAGACCGCUCAGUGUUGGAGUGUGCAAGCUGAUCUGCAAGAGAAUGUGUGUGUGACACCUUUCUGGAGCAUCCUUUGUAUGGAGCAGCAUGUGUGUAGAGUGAGAGAGACAGCGUGAGGAUGUGUGGUGGGAAGGUGUUGUUGUGAUCGGUGGAGUUUUCGGUGUACUACGUCGUGCUUCCACCUCCCUCCCAUUUGGUUAUCUUGUGAGGGCAAAACGCAUCCUGCUGGGAUGUCCACCUUGCCUGGUGCAACAGACGGGAACCAGAGGAACUCUUUGGAGCUGGACGCGGAGCACACACAGAGAGUCCCUGGGGCAGAACAGGGAGGGGCCCCGGCCCCCCAGGUCAAGCUGAAAGAAAGGCAGAAGUUCUUUGAGGAGGCCUUCCAGCAAGACAUGGAGCAGUACUUGUCUACUGGCUACCUGCAGAUCGCUGAGAGGAGAGAGCCAAUAGGAAGCAUGUCGUCCAUGGAGGUGAACGUGGACAUGCUGGAGCAGAUGGAUCUGAUGGACAUGUCUGACCACGAAGCCCUGGAUGUGUUUCUGCACUCCGGGGGGGAGGACAACAGUGCUGCCUCGCCUGUCGCAGGUCCAGAUGUUGAGUCCUUCACCACAGAGAUCAGUCUCCAGGUUCCCACCCAGGCGGAGCUGCGCCACAAGCUCUCUUCCCUUUCAUCCACCUGCACCGACUCUGCCAGCCAAGACACAGAGGCCGGGGAAGAGGAGGAGGACGAGGAGGAGGAAGAGGAGACUGAGCAAGGAGGAGGUGUUGGAGGACCAGGCGGAGGAGGAAGGAGGAGAAGGGCCCCCGUGGUGGUGACCCUGGAUGAAGAGGAGGUGCACCCUGACACAGCGUUGGUGGACGGGGUGGAACAAGUGGACCAGACCAGCAAAGACAGUGAGGCGAGCAGGCCGAGGGUUUGAGGACACACGGACUGGAUUUACACACAAACGCACAGAGCUGCAAAAUCAAACUAAGAUAUGUAACAAUAUUGGCUUCCUUCUCAAAUUGUCAUCCUGAAGAAAAAGAUGUGAAAGAAAACACACUGAGGUUGCACUAACUGCCACAUGAACUUGCCUUAAAAGACCACUGAUGUGUGUUUUCAAUUCUAAUUGAAUCCGGUAAAAUAGGUUUGAGUUACCUUUCCAAUUAGCAUUGGAUGGCUUAACAUUCACAUAAAUAGGUUGAAACUAUUUCAAGAAUGCUCUAAUAUUCUGUUUCUAUGUUUGUGCAUGUUGAGACCAGGAGAGACCUGUGACUGAUAAGAAGUGAGAGAAUUAUACACUAAAAUCAUCAUC